AUGAGCGAACCUGGAUCAGUCUCGAACACUGACGGCACAAAUGCUGGAGAUUCGGCCCAACCACCAGUUCGCCAAGCACCAGGACCCUCCCCAAGUGUGCUGGGAAAGCGCGAACUACGAGGACGAUCCACGAUGACGGGAGUAAAGAGCGUUAAGACGUCUGAGACGUCAACUCCGCCACCUCUACAGCUAGUCGAACCAAAACUAAAGUCUCAAUAUACGGUGGAAAUUCGCCAACCUCGCCUGCCGGAAGCAGGGGCCUCUGGCGGUGCGAAGAAAUCAGGGAAUACUACUGUUGCACCAGAUACAAAACAAGUCCCCCCAUGGGUGAGACUCCUCAUCCGUAUCCCUGCCACCGCGAAACGCUCCACCACCGAACAGUCCAAAAGUCAGUCUACCGCGGCUAGCGCGUCAGACUCGUCCCAGAUCUCUCAGUCUUCUGGCAACGUCGCUGAACAGUCCGUUAUCCCUCAUUCCCCUCAUCGAGGAUCGCCGCUUUCCGACCGCCAACAAGAACCGGUGGUUACGGGCGUGCAAGGGUCACAAGAGGAUCCCGAUGCCUUGAUGGAUCAGGAUCGCCCUGUUCCUCAGUCCCGCUCCGACAUCUUGUCUGCUGCUUCCUCCGCCUCCUCCGCCUCGCAGUGCGCAUACACGGCAGGGCAAGAGGCAGCCCUCCUCCAACUCGCCGAGCUGGUCAAGCAGCAAGCCCUAGCCGUCGUCGCAGCUGAGCAAGAAGCAGCCAAGCAGCGUGUUCUUGCCGCAGCUGUCCCUCAGCUCUCUGGGGUGAGCGUCUCACCCGGUGCGUCUGACCUGCCAGGAGAAGCCCCUCAGCCCUCCGGAGUGAACGCCUCCAUGCAUGCGCCCCGUGCGUUCCACCUCCCGCAAGAUGCUCCUCAUGCAAAGGCAGGCGAGGCCGGUGCUGCACUUCAUCUUGAUGGCAACGGCCAAGACAUCCAGAUGGGAGACGACGACCAUAUCCAGACCGACGACGACCAUAUCCAGACCGACGACGACCAUAUCCAGACCGACGACGACCAUAUCCAGACCGACGACAAAGCCCCCAUUCCAGUCGACAGCGAGGAUCGUACAUCCACUCCCACCGACGCCUACUCCUCGACCAACGAGGACGAAGACCGCCGCAUCACGCUUGAUGACCCGGAGCGCACCCCCACAGCCUCGCAGAACUCUUCGUUCCAUACGACACGCCUCCAGGCUGAAAACCGUACGCCCACUCCCACCGACGAUGUCUACUUCUCAGCCGACGACAACGAGCCUGGUAUCCCAAUUGACGACACGUAUCGCACGCGCACAACCUUGCCACGGAGUGCUCGGCGUGAGGCUCAUUGA